CAGACACGAGGGCGGCACAGUGAGGGGUUGCAGACGGACAUUCCGGUGCCGAAGUUCAAGCGGGAGAGAAACGAAUCGGUCGGCGCCUUCCUGAGCCGCAUGAAUCGGGAGACCCAACAUGUCCUCUUCCUCACCAAGAACCAGCUGGAGCGCCGGCCUGAGAUGGAUCUGGAUGAGAAGAAGCAGAAGUCUGAGAAGAGGAAACAGUUCGAUCGGAAGUGUUUAGAUAAAUUCGUUCGGAGGCGAGAAGAGAAAAAAGAGGCUCGUCUGGAAAAGGAGAUUUUCAAAGAUGAAGUGAUGUUCGGUGAAGUCGCGCUGGAGCCCCCAUCACUCACAGUAAAGCCAAGAAAGGGUGCAGCUGGAACAAAGCCGAGAGAAAAACAGCUCUUCCUGAAGAAGCUCUUGGCCAAAGCGAGCGCUCCAUCGAUCCCGCCUCCGAUGUCGAUGGCCAGGAAGAGAAUGGUGGAGGAGGAGCGAGAGCGGGUCAUCAAUGCCUACCGCGAGAUGAAGAAGAGAAAACAGCAGCAAGCAGCCAAACCCUCCAGGUCUCUCCCCACACAUGAGGGACCAUCACUGGUGCUCUGUGGACAGCUGAGGAGGGGUUUGUGGGAGCUUUGGCUUCUGAUUGGCUGUUAUGAAUUGUAUUGGGGCACAUCUGAGUGCGAUUGA